AUGCCUCGAACUAGCGUGGCCAUCAGCUCGAGCAUCGGCCCGAGCAUCGUAGGCGUCUUCCCCGGGGCCCCGACCGACCUCCUCCGCAGCGAGACCCUGGCCGCCUUGGCCCUGGAGGAGGACGUCCGGGAGGCCAGGACCAGCAGGUGGUCGGCCAGGCUGCCCUUCCUACGGGGUCUCCAGCACAACGACGACCUGGACGACCAGCACUGCCACCAUCACCUGCCCCACCUGCACGUGCCCACUUUCAUGAUCACCGGACCCUCGAGCGACGGAGGCUCGGGUACCGGGCGCAAGUUCAGCUUCGGCAUUAGGAGGCACUCGCACACGCCCCAAAAACGCACCAUCCCUGUGUACUCCCCAAAAUGGGGUGUACCGCAGCCGAUUCACCUCACCGAUUGUCCGCAGAAUGGCAGCACGGCUCUCAUUCUCGCGGCAAGCAGGGGAAAAAUCCACUUUGUCCGCGAGCUCAUCAACCACAACGCGGACGUUAACGCCGAGGACUCGGACAAUUGGACGGCGCUGUUGUUCGCGGCCAAGGAGGGCUACGACGACGUAUGCGUUGAGCUGCUCGAGCACCACGCUAAUCUCGAGCACCACGACGCGGGUGGGUGGACGGCGCUCAUGUGGGCGACGUACAAGGGCAGAGUGUCGACGGUGACGGUGCUGUUGUCGCGGGGCGCGGACGUCAACGCCCACGGCAACUACCACAUAUCCUCGCUACUGUGGGCGGCCGGUCGGGGCUACUCCGAAAUAGUCAAGGAACUGCUCAAGUACGGCGCCAAGGUCAAUGUUGGUGACAAGUAUGGCACGACAGCCCUCGUGUGGGCCGCUCGAAAGGGCAACAUUGAGAUCGUCAACGCGCUGUUAAAAGCCGGUGCUACCGUCGACACCGCGGGCAUGUACUCGUGGACGCCAUUGCUCGUUGCGGCUCUGGGGAACCACGUGGAGGUGGUGCUGUUGCUCCUCGAGUACAAGCCGAACGUCAACGCGGUGGACAAGGAUGGCUGUACCGCCCUGGCGAUAGCUUGUCGCGAGGGUUACCACGAGAUCGCUAAUGCCUUGCUAAACGCCGGGGCGUAUAUCAACAUUCAGGACAAGUCCGGCGACACGAACCUCAUACACGCGGUCAAGGGCAACCACAGAGGCGUCGUUGAGUCGUUGCUCAAGAAGUACGCGGACGUUGACAUUCCUGGCAAGGACCGAAAAACAGCGACGUACAUAGCAGUGGAAAAGGGGUACACGACGAUCCUGCGCCUACUGCUCGCCGCGAACCCGGACCUCGAGAUAGCGACCCGGGACGGGGACACGCCGUUGUUGCGCGCCGUGCGCUCGCGCAACGCCGAGAUCGUGCAGCUGUUGCUCGACCGCAAGGCCAAGGUGUCGGCGAGCGACAAGAAAGGCGACACGGUGCUGCACGUGGCGAUGCGCGCAAGGUCGAAAGCCAUCGUCGAGAUCCUACUCAGGAAUCCCAAGAACAGCCAGCUGCUCUACAGGCCGAACAAGCAGGGCGAGACGCCAUACAACAUCGACAUGAACCACCCCAAGGCCAUUCUCGGCCAGAUAUUCGGGGCUCGUCGGUUGAACACCAACGAGGACAACGAGAACAUGCUCGGCUACGAUCUGUACAGUAGCGCGCUGGCCGACAUACUGAGCGAGCCGUCGCUCUCGACGCCGAUAACCGUGGGCCUUUACGCCAAGUGGGGCUCGGGAAAGUCAUUUUUGCUAAACAAACUCAGAGAGGAAAUGAAGAACUUUGCUCGCCAGUGGCUGGACCCGACUUUCAAAUUUUCCUCCCUUUUGUUUCUCAUCGUGGCGCACGUCUCGUUAUUGCUUGGCGUGACCGUAGGCCUCGCGUGCAAGUCUUGGCUAACGGGCCUCGUUUCCGGGGCCAGUCUGGUCGUUGCCGUUUACGUUUUCCUCGUUGCGAUCUGGUACGCCAACAAAUGGUACGAUUGGAACUGGCCCUACAAGUUCACGGUGGUGCUGACGACGAAGCUAAACUCCUUGAGGCUGUUGCUGCAGGUGACCUUUUGCCAUCCGCAGUGCAGCCAAAUGCAAAACAGCGUCAACGUCCAGCCGAUAAAGUUCUACUUUACUGAUCAGACGCGCGUGGGCACGACAACGGCCGGGGAAAACGCCGUGGUCCAGAUGGUCGGCUCGCUGUACGACUCCAUCGAGGCCGAGUUUGGCUCCCUACCGACUCGCCUCUACAGAGCCUUCAGGCCCAAGCCCCUCAAGACCACGGCCUCCUGGAGGUGGAGGCACCUCUGCUGUCUGCCCUACGUCGCCAUAUUCGAGUUCUGCUUCUGCAGCUUUCUCGUUGCCGUUUCCAUACUCACCAUUUACCUCAUGGGCUCCAUCAACGAGGAGAAGCGAGCCAUCGACACCGUCACGGCGUCCAUACUCGGUGGUAUCGGCUUACUGUUGGGUGUCAGUGUCAUCGCCAACUUGUACACGUGGAGCCGAACCAUAAACUCGCUCAUUUUCUCCCAACGCAGACAGCUCAGGCGAAAAAUCGCCAGGCUGGAGACGCUUAAGAGCGAGGGUUUUUUGCAGACUCUCCGAAGCGAAGUCAAUCUUAUGACGGAUAUGGUCAAGUGCCUAGAUAGUUUUACAAGUCAAAAAAGUAGGUUAGUAGUAAUUGUUGACGGUCUUGACAGCUGCGAGCAAGACAAAGUUUUACUGGUGCUCGACGCCAUUCAAGCCUUAUUCAGCGACAACGGGUGCCCUUUUGUCGUCAUAUUAGCCAUCGAUCCUCACAUAAUAUCCAAGGCCGUCGAAGUGAACAGCCGGCGGUUGUUUACCGAGUCCAACAUCGGCGGUCACGAUUACCUGCGCAACAUGGUCCAUUUGCCGUUUUACUUGCAAAACAGUGGCCUCCGCAAAGUCAAGAUAGCCCAGCAAACGGCGCUGUACAGCAAGAAAACCGACUGGAACGAGGCCGAGGAGGGAGUGAACUACGCAACGACGAAUCCCCUGCAGCGAUCGGUUUCCAACAGACGCUUGAGCACCGAGUCCGGCGUCAUGAUGACCAGCAACGAGAAGCUCAAGCCGCCCACUCGUAAGGGCAGCAGAAAGAUGAGGCUCAGCGAAUCCAUCGCCAGCAGUAUAGGCAGCAAUUUAAAUAGGCUAGGCGGUGCUCAGGAUUUGAACAAGAUGCUGCUCACGGACGAUUACUUCAGUGACGUCAAUCCACGCAGUAUGCGCCGAUUGAUGAACGUGGUUUAUGUUACCGGGAGGUUGCUGAAAGCAUUCCAAAUCGACUUUAAUUGGUAUCACUUGGCUAGUUGGAUCAAUAUUACGGAGCAAUGGCCUUUCAGAACAUCGUGGAUGAUUUUGUACUUUGACACUUGCGAAGAUAAUCUCGACGAUUCCAUGUCUUUGAAAAGCCUUUACGACAAAGUACGUCCUCAAAUUCCAAUCUUCAAAGACGUUCAGCCUUUACUCGAGAUAGAUCGCGAUGAGCGUAAGCUCGACGUCUUUCUUACUUUCCACCGCUCGAGUCUUCAUGUCAGCGACAUGAAAAUAUUCUUGCCUUUCACAAUUAAUCUCGAUCCUUACAUCAAAAAGAAGAUCAAGGAAGAACAGCAGACCAUGGACGAGGAGUCGAACGUGUACAAGUGGAACGCCGGCGGUGGUCCUGUAGCAACUGCCGAUCCCAGCUGGUCGGUGAGCCGAGUUAACAACAAGACACCGAGGGUGGCGAGGCCAAUUGUUGAUUCAACGCCGAUGUUGAUGCCGACGACACCGCAGUCCAGACCACCGGCCAUGUGGCCCAGACCAGGUUACGAGUGGCAGAUGCCGCAACAGUGGCCGUUACCACCCCCGAUGGAGCCCUUACACCACAAGCCCUUGUCGGCAGUCUCGACGUUUCCCCCGGAAAUCUUGGACAUCAAAUUGUCUUCCCUGAGCGUUGACGGAUUGUGCGAGUUACUGGAUAAGAUUCAAGACAUCAAUCAAAAUCAAACGUCAAACUACAAGGCUAUCAUCAAGGAAAACAAUAUAUCUGGUAGAGUUCUGCUUCACUGUGACUUACAGGAACUGAAGAGCGUGUUGAAAAUGUCGUUUGGAGAUUGGGAAAUGUUUCGUAUGGUUGUUGUCUCCUUGAGAGAACAGGAGUUGACGUGUCUGAUGAUGCAAGAUGAAGGGACUCGAAGUGUCAGAUUUAUUGUCGGUCCCGAUGAAAACAUUCGUAAAGUUGAACACACCAAUCAAAGUACUUCCAUAAGAGUUCCUGUAAUCGUUGAAAAAGACAAAGGUCUAUCCAGAACAGAUGGGCCCACGAGACGUGAUCAAACGAAACAGUCCAUCAUGGAAAAACAGCUUCAGGUAACACUGGAGGAGCAAAUGAUCUGCGGCGCGCUGCAGACCUUAAACGAGGAGGCGUGUGAGGACGUGUUGGACGUGCCGGUUUCGCCGGCCGGUCUCGCGCCUACGGACUUACUGCCCGGCGCAGGUGAGCCCAACAACUGUACUCUUCCGCUUAACCUGCCCUUGGUCAUAGUCCAAGAGCCUCCACCGCAGUCCGACCAAAGCCCUGACACCGUUAUCGAGAACGCCACGAAUCUUUAGCUCUGUGCGCUCGCGCCUGUUAAUAAGUACAUAACCAAAAAACAAUAAAUUAUGUAUCCGUAUCUUUAUCGGGUCACGAACGUUUUCGUUUGUCGCCGUUGUUAUUUUUGUUUGUUGUUAUGAUUAUUAUUUUAUCAUACCCUCAAGUGCGCCAAUAAUAUUUGCAAAUGUGAUUUUCGAUGCAUUUGUUUCGGCAAAUGUGUCGUUUACGAUUUGUUGUUUUUCAAUGUCGCGUGUGAUUUUCGAUGGUUUUUUUUUAUAAAUAAAAAAUUUUGUACUUAAUAUUUCUCAUAUAAUUUAUUACAGUGAUUCAGUAAUUUUUUUAAAUUGACUUUUCGUGUGGACAUUUGUGUAUACGAGACAAGAAUGUUAUUGUAUACAUACACCAAUUUUUUUACUAUAAUAAUUGGAAUAUAUCCAUACUAGUGCAAAUAUCUUAAUGAUUAUGUAAUGCGAUCAUAUUGGUUGAAAUAAGAAUCAAAGACUGAAGUUGAGAUUUUUAAAAGUAUGUGUAUGCAUGGGGAUCCGACAUGAAAUAAUUUUGUAAGUAUUUUUUUAAUAAAGCCAUAGUUUGUUAAAAUCUAUGUAGAAAAUUACGAUGGAUGUAUUUCCAACAAAAGUAGAGCUGAUGGUCUAUAUGUUAUGGUGAUCUUCAAGAGAAUUGCAAGACCCUGUCAUCCACCUUUUGAACGCUUUAUCGAUCUAAAGGUAUAUGUAUAGUCAUAGAUCGCAAGCAUAUUCUCAAUUAUCCAUGUAUCUAUUUUAUACUCAGACUUUGAUCAACGUGGUGGAACAGUAUGUGAUCACUCUUGAGAAUCUCCGAUAACCCAAUAACUUCCUAUGUAAAAAACUAUUGAUAAUCACAUGUGUACUUUGCAUUUAAUAUUACUGCCAUCCUUGUUGAUUCUGGUACGUACGUAGCAUUGACGUUUAGAUCAUUUUUACGUACGACAUAUUAUUAAUGCCUGGGAUGAAUAUUAAUUUUUUUUUAUAGAGCUUAAAUAAUAGACAGCAUUGUGUGUAUAAUAAGAAUACAUAGACGUGCCUGCGCUGUUUAAAGUUGUUCACUUUGUACAAAAACUAUAAAUAAGAGAAAAGAGACAUUUUUGUUACAAAUGAAGAAAAAAUAUUGUUCCUUUUGUGUGUAAAAAUUUUCGUGCACGUAAUAUGUGUAUGAAAAUAAUAAUAAUAAAAAUAAUAAUAAUAAUAAUAAUAAAAAAGGAAUCGAAUGUGUGCGUUUAUGGUUGUGAUGAAAACUUAUGCGAUAUGCGAGUCGAUUCUCGUUGGUAAUUCAAGUACCUUAACAAACAGUACAAGGUUGUUGAGAGAAGCAUGCAUUUUAAAGAAACUGUGAUAAAAGAAAACAAGCAAGGUAUAGGAGUCUAAAAGUGUUUGUCAAAUAAGGCCAGCGACUCGUUCCUCUUAGGUACUGAUCUCAGCACUGCUGAAAUGAAAAAAAAAAAAAAAUGGCUAUUACACUAUAGUGAUGAAUAAUUUUUGAUGAUAUUUUGCAUGUUGAAUGUUGCAACUUUUUUUUUUUUAUUGUCACAGCUUCGAAAUUGUUGAAGAAAACGUAAUUUCCUAACAAUACUGCAGCAAUGAAGAGUGUAUUUACGACAAGUGCAUUUUGUAAUGUCAAUACGCGAGUGUGUAUUAUAUACACCGGCGCUGAUAUGAACAUAAAGUAUUAUAUUAUAAAUAUAUGAUGAUACAUGGCAAUAAAGCAUUGAUUUAAACAAACAUCAAAGGCUAGCAUGAGUUUCUUACUCUGUUUUUAUGUAAAUAUUUUGAGCAUUCGCCAAGUGUCG